AUGUCAGCACAGGCGAUGCAGUCCCCAUCCAGCGGGACUCGAGCGCGCCGCAAGCCGAUCCUCAGGGUCAAGACAGGCUGUUUCACUUGUCGGAACCGCAAGAAAAAAUGUGACGAGGUACGGCCUGUCUGCUCUGGGUGCCGUCGCAACAAGAUACCCUGCCGAUGGCCCAGUCCACAGUCUCUGCCAAACGCCAACGACUCACCGAGGUUGGAGCACUCGGUCCAAACUCCGACUCUAGGUGGUCUCCAGACUCCAUCUCCACAGAGCUUUGGCGUCGAAAUGGGCGUAGAAGAGGCAUUGGAGCAGCCUCCAGUCCUGAACGCCAAUCAUGAGAAUGAUGAUGAGUCCGAUCUUCUUCGGCUACAGAGCAGCAGUAGUGCCUUUGAUCCCCCAUUGGAGCACUGUUUUGUCGCUCCUGCGACAGAUAUUUCCGUUGCUGACCAUGACCUCGACCAUGUGGAUUAUGGCCUCGCCGAUGAGACCCAGACAGAAAUACAGGCUAUACAAGCAACUGAGGCAGAUGAAACGAUUGAGGAGCCGGCCAUCCAAGACACCAUCAGUAAUGCUCUCAUCGGUCUGUCCGGGGCCCAUCUCGGUCAAGGAGCCCUCAUCGAGCCCAGUCCACCCCAUGUCAGCCCAUCGAUCCUCCCUGGCCUAGAUGCGCAGGCAUUUGAGUUGAUGGGCCACUAUCUAGAUCGCACGGCAGUGAGCAUGGGCAAUGGCUCAACGACAGCAAACCCCUUCAUCGUCCAGCUUAUACCGCUCUCCUUCGCCAAUCCCAUCGUUCGUGAGCUCAUGCUCUCGCAGAGUGCCUCGCAUCGAGCCGUCUUGGAUGUAGGGGAUCAGUCGGAAGCGAUAGCUCAUACCUACUAUACCAAGUCAAUUCGUCUGUUUCGUAAGGCUGUGAAUGAAUACCUGGCUGGCACCGAAUCAAAUCCGCUCUGGGUUACUAUCGGCGCGCUGAUCAUGUGCUUUACCGAGACCGCUAAGGGCGAUACCAACGGUGUCAUCUUUGAUCAUAUACAAGCAGUCGGGCCUCUAGUUACAGAUCUGCUCACAAGGCUACCUCAUCUUCUUCCUGACGGAUUGUGCGCUUUCGUCACCGAGUACUACGUUUACACUGCAAUCAUCAGCAUGAUCUCUACAGACCCAUCAGCAAGUACAAGGCUUGUGUUGUCGCCCGAUCUAGAGCACAAGGCUCAAUCUUUGGUUGGAUCUGGCUACGUGGGCCAGCUCUGCGGCUCAUGGCUUUCGUUGCUUCUUCUCAUCCCACGAAUAUUCGACUUUGGUCACCGAAGAGUAGCAGCUAGUGUCGACCCGCCGUUCCCAGCGGCAGAUGACUUCCUCAAUUUCGGCAGUCUCCAGUUCGAGAUCACUUCGUUCGUCCCAUCGCCCUCAGCAAGCUCCGAGGUCACCAUCUGCGGCUACAUCUUCCAACAGGCCCUCCAUCUCUACCUGAUCACAGCUCUUGGAGUCGGUGAUGAAAGACAAGUGACGCAGCAUAUGAGCCUGGAGCAUAUACUAGCAAGCGCGUUCAUAUACCUCGAGCAGCUUCCAGCCUCUGCGCGCAUCAACACAAGUAUGUGUUGGGCGCUGGCGGUCAUUGGAUCCUGCACCACCGAUGAGGAGCGACGAGAGACUCUUCGACAGCGUCUACAGACGAUGUUUCUUACAAUUGGGCUUGGUAACAUAUCUUCCACAUUAUCCUUGCUAGAGCACAUAUGGAUGCGACCUCAGAGGGAACAGAGCCCUUGGAUCAUUUGUCGAAUCAUGUACGAGCACGAAAUAUGGAUAUCAUUUGCUUGA